GUCGCAGAAUCCGCCGAAAUCCUUCUUAUUACAGAGAGCCAUUUCGUUAGUCUUCCGUCUCCCGUCGAUGUCUGCUGACCCGCUGCCACGUCAGCAGCCUCAGAACGGCAGUUACGUCCCUCCGAGGGGAUCCAUCUGGCAGAUUCGCCGAUAUCGCCGGCUAGGCUUCUACACGGGGAUCUAUAUCGCGUCUGCCUGCGCCGCGUACACUUACGCCAACAUUGCCAUUCGGGCGCAUGUGCCUCUGGUUGCGACGCCUUACAGCGGGUAUGCUUCUGGCGCGGAAAUGCUAGUGGACACAACCAAGCUGUACCAGCGCGCGCUGGGGAAUGUAUUUGAGGAGACUGACUGGGGCCCCUUGGAGUUCACGAUACUAGCGAAGCACUAUGAGCGGCAGGGGCAGCGGGCGUACGCAUACCAUGCUCACUACGUGGCACACCUUCUAUCGAAUGGGGAGGUUGAUGGAACCAAGCCCUCCCUGUGACUCGUUGAGGUGUACUCUAUGCGACGUUGAUUAGAAUUAAGUAUAAUGGCUCGCCUUUCAUUUGUAAAUAUGUAACCACCAUUCUUGGAUCUUCUUGCGGUGAUGCUCCUAAUAAUGUUACCAGUGCCACGGUCACGGGCCUCUAUGGCCAUGGCCUUUUGCAGUCGUAUCGUAUACCGCUUUGCAAAGGAUGGAUUA